AUGUCUCCUCCUCCUCCCCCCGUGGGUCGCACAACAGAAUCGGAACCCCAGUCCCUUUGUCCUCUGUUCCUGACACUCAGUGUCCCUUCCCAGGGUCCUCCAGUCCCUUUAUCCCCAGUUCCCAACACCCAUCCUCAGAGUUUUCCACCUUCAGUGACCAGGGGUCUUUAUCCCAUGAGCCUCUGUACCUGGGAAUCCCAGCACGGGAAAGCUUCCCACCUCUGUGACUCUCAGCUACAGAAAGCCCGCUACACCUCAAGGAAUGUCCCCACCAAUCUCAGGGAGCCCAGAACGGUAAUCUGCACAAACAGCUUCCAUUCGCAGGUUCCCUGGGUGAAACCAGGCAGGGGAAGCAUCUCCUUUCAGGACACAAAUGCUCCUCUUGGCCGCCGCUGAUCUAUACGUAUGGCGGUCACCCAGGGAAGCACUCAUUAAUUACUUCUCUUGUAGUUGCCAACAUUCUAAUUGGCUCAAUUUAUUUAUAUUUAUGAACCAUGUGUAUAAGUCCAAAGUUUGAACCUGACUUAAAUUUAAACAGUCAGUUGCGACACCUAGCCAUGUAGGGGGCCAAACUGAAUUGCAUAUGAUAGUCGAUAUGGCCUAGUGAGGGCCUAAUAUCAUAAGCGGAAAGCGACAUCGCUGUGAUGCUAUGUAUGAUUGAAAUAGGCAGGGUGUUGGCCUCUCAGUGACGGUAAAAGAGUCAAAUAUGUGUGGACAUGACAUAUGAGGCCCUGACAGGAGCAGCAGUGUAUGUGAGGCACUAAGUAUGAGUUCGGUCGUUGGACAAAACCUCCAUGAUGAGGUGGGGAGUUGGCCUUGCAGGACCGAUAUGCUAAGUUAUUCUAGACUAGGGCCAGCUCCUAACCCUGAAAGCCAGUUCUCUUUCCCUAGAUGGGGAUUGUCUCUUUCGGGAAUGAGCUUAAAUGUGAAUGUACGUACGUAAACAGACUGAAUAGAAUCAGAGAGAGAAGAACUGGAAAAUGUCACCUAAUGAAAACCACCAAUUAUGAUAUGAACCGUGAAAUAUAGGGUACUGAAAAUGGGUCGUGGAUGGGUAUUCCGGCAUGACAAUGCCCCAAAACACAAAGCCAAGGUAACAAAGGAGUGGCUCAAGAAGAAGCACAUUAAUUUUCUGGAGUGGCCUACACAUUAUUAAUAUUAAUCCCAUUAAUCCCAUAGAAAAUCUGCAGAGGUUGCUAAAGGUUUGAGUUGCCAAAACUUAAUGACUUGGAGAGGUUCUGCAAAGAGGAGUGGGACAAAAUCCCUCCCGAGAUGUGCGCAAACCUGGUGGCCAACUACAAGAAACAUCUGACCUCUGUGAUAGCCAACAAGGGUUUUUCCAUCAAGUACUAAGUCGAAGGAGUCAAAUACUUAUUUUAUUCAUUUACAUGCUUAAAUGUUAUUUACAUGCGUAAAUUCUCUCUCUUACUGUUAAAAUACACCUACCAUCAAAAUUAUAGACUGAUCAUUUCUCUGGGCAAACAUUCAAAAUCAGCAGGGGAUCAAAUACUUUUUCCCUCACUGUAACUACCAAGGAGUAAGUGCUGUGAAGUGAUGAAAAAUUUGAUAUUUCAACAAGUAGAUCUGAAAAACACAUCCCCCACCCUUAAUUCCAUACAAAAACAUGUGUUUAUGACUAAGAAAACAAUAUUGGAGCUCUAGAUAAUGACAUGCAGUAAGUUUUCUUACUCCUAGUAAAUCAUUGUAGAGAUUUCCAUAAUAUAUUAAAACAUGUAUGUGGCAGAACCUACACCUAUUCAUACACUUUCUCCUUUUAUUUUACAUGUUUCAUCCUUUUACCAUUAGGGAUACUUCAUACAAACAGCAUUAUUUCAUCUCUCGAACCCCUGUACCCCAUUAGAACUUUCACACCGACCACUUAAGUGUGAAACCAAACUACCAAAUAGGUGGAGCAGUCGUAUCCUGAAUGAAAAGAUUCCCUUGCAGGGUGUUCACACAGGUGGCUCAUGAACAGAGACAGGCCAGGGCACCUAUUUCUCUGGAACUGUUUUGGCUAGCUCCCCAUGCCUGGCAGGUCAAAACUUUACCUCAGUGGAAUUCCUGUUUAAUCAAACCGAUCUGAGUGAUUCUAUGUUGUACACUCAGAUCGGGGCUAUCGGGAAAUGUAUUUUUCGUGGGGUUCCUAUGUACGGUGGGGACACUUUUGGGGUACAGUAUAUUUUGCUGGAUUUUCUGUACCUGAAAGAUAAAUAAAUUAGAGGGUUUUUCUCAUGCAAUUAUCUCUCAGGUACAGAGGAUUCUGGGAUUGAAACCCCUGUUUUAUUGUGUUGUUAACCCCUUGCAGGCAACUGGGAAUAAAAGCUGUGUGUGGCCCAAUAAAGUUCAGUUGACUGCCAGGACUAUGUUUCAUCUGGUUACUGGGGGAAUGCAUGUUUGCAUGUUUUAAUGGUUCCAGAGUGGUUAAGGGAAGGAAUUAGUGGAGGUAACCGGUCGGGUUACCCGUGGUCCGCUACAAUGUACUAUACUGAUUGUUUUCUCUGCAUACUCUAUGUCCUCUAUCCAACUAUUCACACACUACACCACCUAUAUAGGCACCACACACUAUGCCCCAAUACAUGAAAGUCUACAUGUGUGCAUGAACACUAUUGCGGCUCUGUAUAUACAUACACACUGUAGCGCCAAAACACACACACACUCACAAUCUACAGCCCUUCUAUACCCCACUUCAGGGGUAAUACUAAUCACACAACCUGUGUCAUUGGGUACAACCAUGAUUGGUUAAAGGAGCACUAUAGGGUCAGGAACCCAAACAUGUAUUUCUGACCCUAUAGGGUUAAAACCACCAUCUAGCCACCCUGGUCCCCUCAUGCCUCCCUAAAUAUAGAAAUUCUUAUUUGUAUUCAAGCCUGAAGCUGCUAGCUUUGUCUCUGUUUCCUUUUGACUUGCCCACUGCCUGCUGACAUCAUCAGACGUUGUAGCCAGAUCCAAUCACAAUGCUUCCGCAUAGGAUUUGCUGAGACUGACAAAUAGGCAGAUCAGAGGCAGAGCCAGCACAAUUCAAACACAGCCCUGGCCAGCAUCUCUUCAUAGAGAUAAACUAAAUCAAUGAAUCUCUAUUAGGAAAGUUCAGUGUCUGCAUGCAGAGGGAGCUGCAUGCAGAGGGAGGAGACACGGAAUGUUUGGAUGCAUUUUAGGCAGCCAUGACCCAGGAAGGAUCUCUAACAGCUAUCUGAGGAGUGGCCUAUGAAGUUAUCACUAGGCUGUAAUGUAAACACUGCAUUUUCUCUGAAAAGACAGUGUUUACAGCAAAAAUCCUGAAGGUAAUGAUUCUACUUACCAGAACAAAUUCAAUAAGUUGUAGUUGUUCUGGUGGCUAUAGUGUCCCUUCAACUCACCCAGAAAUGAGGUUGGGACAUCCAUUGAAGGGGCAUGCCAGGCUAACAGACAGCCUUUACCAGCACCCACCACACAGGUCCAAGUAGAGAAUGCUGCUGAAGCACUCAUAAUAUUUCCUAGAAGAAUAUAAAACUAACAAGGUCAUUUUAGGGGAGCUUGUCUCAUUGGUGAUGACAUAACAUGCCUACUCUCUCUGCCGCCAACCUUUAGUGGACUGAGCUGCCUUGAAAUACCAAUGCCAGUUUCUUGUCUCAAUCUGCCCCUGUGUAUCAUAUAUGAGUGGUUAAUUUAUCUGUGUGGCUAUUUUUCUAUGUCUGCUUGUGGUUAAUCUGCAAGGCUAUGCUACAGAUUCCUUAAACUUAAAUACAUCACUGUGCAUUAUAUAUGCAUAUUUUUGUACCAAUGUAGAAUUUAUUUGACAACAUUUAUUUUCCCUUUAGGAUAAAUCUAAUGUCCUACCAGAAUUUGGUGGCCUUCAUAUUUGCAAUUUCUGAGAUAAAUGAGAAUCUGGAAAUUCUUCCGAAUAUAACUCUUGGAUUCUACACAGCUGAUCCUUGUUUUAGUGAAAAACAAGCAGUAAAGGGAAUACUUAACAUAAUUUCAACAGAAAAAUACUCUACACUUAUACCUAACUAUAGCUGCGGGACAUUACAGAAGCUGGUGGGAUUCGUGGAUGGUAGAUCUUCUAAAGUGACUCUCCUGCUUGCCAGAAUGUUUGGUACUUACAAGAUUCCACAGGUAAAAUACAAUAAAAUAGGAGGCAAUGUAUGUUCAGCGUUGUAAUAUGUCCACAAAGGGACAAACUUCAGUUGGCUUGUUUUGUAUUUCAGGACACAAGACCAAGACAUUUUGGCAUUUUUGGUAUGGAUGUGUUUUAAAGGAGUAAAACUAUAUCCACAAUUUAUAACAUUGCCAUUAUCUUGUGAAGUAGCACAAUUUCAGUUUGUACUGUUAGAAUUUUGAUAGAUGAAUUUGAUUGUUCAUGUUGGGACACUUGCAGCAGCUGGAGUCCCUAAAUUACCUCCCUUGGUGAUUUAGAAUCCCCAAAUCCCUAAUCAUCUACCCAUAAAAAUACCCUUAUCUUGCUUAGCCUAAUAAUAGUGAGGGGUGUGGAGUAUGGAUUGCUUUUAUUUUGAUAUUUAAUGAAGAUAUAGCUGCUGGAUAAGAUAUACAUUUAAGUUGCAUGACAUACACAAUAUAACAGCAUGAGAAUAUAUGUAGACAACAGUCAUGAGAUUUAAAAGGUCAAAACACACAUAGGCCCAAGUUAGCAUAAAGCCACGUACGCCUGUAAACAAGCUAUACAUCCUUAAGCUUGAAGCUAGCUAUAGACAGAGCUAACUAGGAUAUGCUGAACACAGAUUUUCAUUACAUUACAUUAGGGCAAGGCGCAGAAUGGAAACUGUGACCAUUUUUGAGAGAGAAAAAUGUAUAAAACUAACAGAGGAACAACUGAACAGCGUAAUUUUCCACUCAUUUCACCUUUAGACUUGAGAGGUGCCAUGGGACACAUUCUGUAGCCAUUAUUUUAUUUGGUAAGAUUGAUUAUUUUUCAUUCUGUAACAUCCAAUUAACCGAUUCCCGGCCAAAGAUGGAAAUUUUCCAUCAAGCUUGUCCUUGCGUUAAGAAAAUUUCCGUAAUUUACCAAAGUUAACCCCAGAUCACCACGAUUGUCGCAGGGUUAACGCUCACCCAGUUUGCCUUGGUAUUCAAGGCAGACCGGGAGCACCCGAUCUCGCUGUCCUUGCAGCAGUGAUCGCUCUGACAGGCUGUCAGAGUGAGCACAUGUGCUGCAGGGACUCACGAUCUGCCUCCCUGCUCUUCAAUGGUCAGUGUGGAGUGCAAGGAGACGGAUCAGUGAUAAUCCUCUUCAAAAGAAAAAAUUAAGUUAAAUCCCACCCACCCCUUUCCCCUGCUUUAAUAAAAUUAACCCCUUCCCUGCCAAAUGAUCACUGACUACAGUGAUCCAUUGGCAGGGACUACAUUUUACUGUCAUCUGAUUUUUCUUUUAACACCUGAGGGUUAAUUUUUUUUUAACCAUCAAGGGUUAAAUUAUUUUAUUAAUUGAUUUAAAUAUUAAAAAAUCAUAUAUUUAGCUAGCUACGGUGGGUCGAAGUUAGUGGGGAAUUGGGGGAUUUGGUGUUAGGCUAUCUAGGGGUUAACGUUAAAAACGUUUUAAAAAAGCUUUAAAAAGUUAAAAAAGUUUUCAAAAAUGUUUUCAUAACAUUUGAAAAAAGUUUUUACUCAGUCCAAAAAAAAUUAACCCCUUCCCUACCAGUUGAUUACUGCCAACAGUGAUCAAAAUACAAAUCACAGUAUUAGACUGUGAUCUAAUUUUAUUUUUUUUUAACCCCUGAGGAUUAACUUUUUUUUACAGUAUUUUUUAACUUAGGGGUUCAAAUUAUUUAAUUAAUUAACUUAAAUAUUUUAAAAUGAUAUAUUUUGCUAGCUGGGGUGGGUGGGAGUUAAGGGAAAGUGGGGAAUGUACUGUUAGUGCUGCUUACUGCUAGCUAGGGGUAAACGGUAAAAAAAGUUUAUAAAUUUUUUUAAAAGUUAAGAAAGUUUUAAAAUAAGUUUUAAAAAGUAAAACAAAGUUUUAAAAAAUAAAAAAAAUACAUUAUAAAAUGCUCAUUACCACUAUACUAGGAACAUACUAGUGAAAAAAAUUAUCCCACGCUAUGGUUCAAAAUAUGCCCCAUGGUGUAUUCUUUAAUAAAUAAUAUGUGUUUGUGGUGAAGUUUGAAUAACCAGCCAGCUAAUCUACUCCAAAAUGGAACACGAACACAGCGUAAAACUUCAAAGUUUGAAAAAAACUGAAUGGCUGUGUCUCAGAUGUGCCACUUCAAUGUCCAAAUAUACCUGGCAAAGGUACAUAUGGGGGUAUUGCUGUACUCAGCCGACAUAGCUGAGCAACAUAUGAAGUAUUAUACAAUAGUAGCACACAUAAGGUUUGCAAAAUAUACUGUUCAAACUUACUUUGUAUGUCAAAAAGGCAGAAAAAAGGCUUAUUACCACUACACUUGGUACAAGCUCUCUGAAGAAUUAUACCAUGCUAAGGUUUAAAAUAUGCUUUUGAAAUAAUCUGGGGUGUCUUCUUUAAGAAAUGUAUGCCUUAUUGCUGUAGUUGGAUUAUAUAGCCUGCUAAAAUACUCUAAAAUGGGACAUGGACACAACGUAAAAAUUCAAAGUAAAAAAAACAAAAAACUGGAAUGGCUGUGUCUCAAAUGUGAACCUUCAAUGUCCACAUAUAACUGGCAAAGGUACAUACGGGGGUAUUGCUGUACUCAGCCGACAUAGCUGAGCAACAUGUGAAGUAUUAUAUAGUCGUAGCACACAUAAGGUUUGCAAAAUAUACUGUGCAAACUUACUUUGUGUGUCAAAAAGGCAGAAAAAAUGCUUAUUACCACUACACUUGGUACAAGCUAGCGGAAAAAUUAUCCUUUUGAAAUACCCUUUGAUGUCUUCUUUAAGAAAGGGUAUGCCUUAAAGGAGCACUAUAUGGUCAGGAACACAAACAUGUAUUCCUGAAAUUAUGGUGUUAAAACCACCAUCCAGCCACCCUGGUCCCCUCAUGCCUCCCUAAAUAUAGUAAAUCUUACUUGUAUUCAAGCCUAAAUAUACUGUGCAGACUCAUUUUAUGUGUCAAAAAGGCAGAAAAAAUGCUUAUUACCACUACACUUGGUAAAGGCUAGCUGAAAAAGUAUCCCACGCUAAGGUUGAAAAUAUGCCUUUUGAAAUACCCUGGGAUGUCUUCUUUAAGAAAUGGUAUGCCUUUAUGGAGUACUUGGAAUAUGUAACCUGCUCAAGUGCUCCAAAGUGGGACAUGGACGCAUCAAAACUCUCCAUGAAAAUUCACACUCAAAAACCUGAACUUAUCACGUCUCUUUUACAGCACUGUAACUUCACAAAAUAGUGUCAAUGUCAUACAUUGGGCAUAUUGUUUUACUCAGAAGAUGUAACUGAGCAUUAUGUGGGGGGUUUUAUGACAGUGGUACAUAACAAGUGAAAGAAAUACUCAGCAAAAAUUUAACAUAUAUGUAAAAAUGCUAUUUUUUCAUCCCCUUGCCAGAAAUAUUGACAUACAUUGGUUAAAAAAUGGUGACAGGUUAAGGCACAAUAUACAAAAAGAUGCAAUAUGUACAGGCACUCUUCUAUUCUUAAACAGUGCUGGGUAUCAAGGUAGCCCACAACUAUAACCUUAAAUAAAUAUAUAACCUUAAAUAAAUAUAUACUAAAACAUAUGAUACCGCACUCAAAUAUACAUUUUUUUUAGGCAAAAAAAAUUCAAUUGCCUUCAGAAAAAUAUUUAUUUAAAUCAAUAUGGAAUAUAUAAUUGUGGCAAUGUAUGAUGUAUAGCAAAUAACUUAUUGCAUUAUACCUAUAAAAAAAAAACACAACCAAGUAACACCUAGGUGAUAUACCUAAACACCACAAGUUAAAUCAAUAAAAUAUCCCCAAUCGGAUCUGACACUGUGUCAGUUGUAAUGGUGUAAAUCCACACUAAAUGGAUGAGAGCCUCAUGUAUGGUCUACAAUGGUUAUCUAUUUGGCAGAAAACAUGUUGAAAAGAUAUAUGUAAUGAAAAAAUUAAAAAAUAAAUUAAAAACAAAAAUUAUUGGUAAAAUAUGAAAAAAUGUACAGUUGCAAGAAAAAGUAUGUGAACCCUUUGGAUGAUAUGGAUUUAUGCACAAAUUGGUUAUAAAAUGUGAUCUGAUCAUCAUCUAAGUCACAACAAUAGACAAUCACAGUCUGCUUAAACUAAUAACACACAAAGAAUGAAAUGUUGCCAUGUUUUUAUUGAACACACCAUGUAAACAUUCACAGUGCAGGUGGAAAAAGUAUGUGAACCCUUGGAUUUAAUAACUGGUUGAACCUCCUUUGGCAGCAAUAACUUCAACCAAACGUUUCCUGUAGUUACAGUUCAGACGUGCACAACAGUCAGGAGUAAUUCUUGACCAUUCCUCUACAGAACUGUUUCAGUUUGGCAAUAUUCUUGGGAUGUCUGGUGUGAAUCGCUUUCUUGAGGUCAUGCCACAGCAUCUCAAUCGGGUUGAGGUCAGGACUCUGACUGGGCCCAUUCAGGCGUAUUUUCUUCUGUUUAAGCCAUUCUGUUGUUGAUUUACUUCUAUGCUUUGGGUCAUUGUCCUGUUGCAACACCCAUCUUCUGUUGAGCUUCAGCUGGUAGACAGAUGGCCUUAAGUUCUCCUGCAAAAUGUCUUGAUAAACUUGGGAAUUCUUUUUUCCUUCGAUGAUUGCAAUCCGUCCAGGCCCUGACGCAGCAAAGCAGCCCCAAACCAUGAUGCCCCCACCACCAUACUUCACAGUUGGGAUCAGGUUUUGAUGUUGGUGUGCUGUGCCUUUUCUUUGCCACACAUAGUGUUGUGUGUUUUUUCCAAAGAACUCAACUUUGGUUUCAUCUGUCCACAGAAUAUUUUGCCAGUACUGCUGUGGAACAUCCAGGUGCUCUUGUGCAAACUGUAAAUGUGCAGCAAUGUUUUGUUUGGACAGCAGUGGCUUCCUCUGUGCUAUCCUCCCAUGAAAUCCAUUCUUGUUUAGUGUUUUACGUAUUGUAGAUUCGCUAACAUGGAUGUUAGCAUUUGCCAGUGACUUUUGUAAGUCUUUAGCUGACACUCUAGGAUUCUUCUUCACCUCAUUGAGCAGUCUGCGCUGUGCUCUUGCAGUCAUCUUUACAGGACGGCCACUCCUAGGGAGAGUAGCAGCAGUGCUGAACUUUCUCCAUUUAUAGACAAUUUGUCUUACCGUGGACUGAUUAACAGCAGAGAUACUUUUGGAGAUACUUUUAUAAUCCUUUCCAGCUUCAUGCAAGUCAACAAUUCUUAAUCAUAGGUCUUCUGAGAGCUCUUUUGUGCGAGGCAUUAUUCACAUCAGGCAAUGCUUCUUGUGAAAAGCAAAUCCAGAACUGGUGUGUGUUUUUUAUAGGGCAGGGCAGCUGUAACCAACACCUCCAAUCUCAUCUCAUUGAUUGGACUCCAGUUGGCUGACAUCUCACUCCAAUUAGCUCUUGGAGAUAUCAUUAGUCUUGGGGUUCACAUACUUUUUCCACCUGCACAGUGAAUGUGUACAUGGUGUGUUCAAUAAAAACAUGGCAACAUUUCAUUUUUUGUGUGUUAUUAGUUUAAGCAGACUGUGAUUGUCUAUUGUUGUGACUUAGAUGAUGAUCAGAUCACAUUUUAUGACCAAUUUGUGCUGAAAUCCAUAUCAUUCCAAAGGGUUCACAUACUUUGUCUUGCAACUGUAUAUACAGUCCCAGUGUGCACACACUAAAAAUAGCAAAAAAUAAGGAUCAACUGGUGGAUGGUAAGUGUAAUGGCUUAUCCAAGCUUGUAGGUGAGUAGCCUUUUAUUCAUAUGUAGAUCCAAGUAGCUGCUCCUCAGUUGCCUUGCCGUAUAGUAGAUGAGGUGCCUGGGGUCUCUUCCUUACUGCUGAUGGGGUGCCUGGGCUGCACGCUUAGGACUUCAAUUGUCCCUUCGACAGCCUUGCUGAAGGAAAAAUAAAAACCUCUGUUCUUGUCGGGUUUGUAACAGCUUUAUUAACAAUCUCUAAAACCAUGUGAGAAUGGAUAUACCAAGGAAAAAAACUUUAUUCACUGUAGACAACAAAAAAACAAAAACACUUUAUUAACUAUACACAUUCUAAAAUCCACUGUGGUGUAUCUCAGUCAAACUGGCUUCCAAGCAGUGUUGGAAUACUGCUUCACUACAUUUAUUCAAUGUGUUGCUAGGGAUAAAAUUUGCUUCUCUAUGUGAAAACAGUUUUAUAAUUUUUAUUUCUAAAGUGGUAAUAAUCUAUUAAAGGAAAACAUUUUUAUUAUAUUAUUAUCCUUAUUUUGAAGGGAAAAAUUUUUUGGGGAGGCAUUUUUUAAAAGAAAACUCCUUUGAAAAAAAUUUUUUGUACCUAUCUGGAUUUAACCCUCUAAAAGAAUAUUCCAUGCCCAAAAAACUUAAUGUAAAAAAACAUUUCUGCAAAAAAUCUUUCCUAUCUCUGGCACAAAUUUGUUGGAUAAUUAGGGGUGUACUGUUUGCCUCACUUAAAACCACAAUCUCAGCAGAAGCCUACUCACCAGCGGUGUUGUAUGUGAAAAUGGCUGUAGUCUCUCUUAGUAUGGACCCUGUAUCCAGUCGUGUAGCAGACCAUAUGUGGUCUACACUUUUAGAGGUAUUUUGAGAGUUAGAGAGUCAAACUGACCAAAUUUGGUCACAAUCAAAUGCUUUAAAUAAAGUUAUAAAUUAGAAACAUAGAAACAUAGAAUGUGACGGCAGAUAAGAACCAUUUGGCCCAUCUAGUCUGCCCAAUUUUCUAAAUACUUUCAUUAGUCCCUAGCCUUAUCUUAUAGUUAGGAUAGCCUUAAACCUAUCCCACGCAUGCUUAAACUCCCUCACUGUGUUAACCUCUACCACUUCAGCUGGAAGAGAAGUCCAGUGAGCUCAUACUUAGACAAUUAUAGUAAUUAAUGAUUCACUUGGACCAACUAUUUUCAAGAAGUGCUUCAGGUCAUAAUCCUCAUUUAAAGCCAGUGGGUGCAAUGUCUCCAGGAUGCUUAUCCACUUAGUUUCUUAGAAGCCCUUCUUGUAAAUAGUUGGUCCAAGUGAAUCAUUAAUUACUAUAAUUACUAUAAUUGUCAUUUAGGAUUUCAUACAUCCUCCAGUUGAAUAGCAGAGGGAAUAAUGAUUAAAUUGUCUUCAAAUUAAUAUGUAUUUAUAUUGUUCACCACUCAUUUAAGUGUCUAUUUUCUUCUCACAUUUCUAACCUUCAUAAUUAUAUUAUAUUAAUAUUCAGAUUAGCUACUCAUCGUUGGAUCCCAUCCUAAGUGAUAAAGUCCAGUUUCCAUCUUUCUAUCGCACAGUCCCCAAUGAUAAUGUCCAAUACAAGGCAAUAGUCAAGUUGCUUAGAUAUUUCGGCUGGUCCUGGGUUGGAAUGUUGGUUUCUGAUGAUGAGUCUGGAUUGAAGGCCAGUCAAGUGCUUCAGGCGGAGCUCUCUCUACAUGGAUACUGUGUUGCCUUCUUAGAAUUUCUCCCAUAUCGUGGUCAAACAGAUGAUGGGUUUACUGCAAGAAUUACUAAACUUUUGAGAACCUCCAAAGCAAAUGUUAUUGUUAUUUAUGCAGACCAAGACUACAUGUUUGAAUUACAAGUCACACUGUUCAUGAUUCCCAGCCCUGAGAAGAUCUGGAUAAUUUCCUCCCAGUGGAACUUAUCUGAUGGAGUUGAAUUUUAUUUCAUAACAUUUGAGCCAUUCAAUGGCAGUUUGUCUUUCACGAUUCAUACAAAAACAAGUCCAACUUUUGAAGAUUUCUCUCAGAAUAUUAAUCCUGUCAGUUAUCCAAAUGAUUUCUAUAUUGAUCGUGUGUGGAUGGAUCUAUAUGACUGCAAUUAUAGAAACAAAAGUUUUUACUUUGAAUUAUGCAUGGGCAAUGAGACAAUCCAAUCUAAAGAAUACAGAAAUAUCCAUAAAUACAUGUCACAGUACAGUUAUAGUAUAUACAAUGCAGUAUAUUCUUUGGCACAUGCUUUGCAUGAAUUGACUUCUGAAAUCAAUAAGGAACAAAUUAAAAAUGAAAUCCAAGCGUGGAAGGUGAGUGAGAAAAUAUAACCUAUUAGAUUUGAUUUGUGGCAGCCACCUGGUUAGGAACACAGGCUUUGCUGCCAGAGAUGCCCUUUUCCCCCUAGUAGUGAGUUAUGCUGUAAUAAUACCAAACAGGCUUUCCCAAUUGCGAUAAUUCAAAGCAGGUAUAGUAGUGACAUAGCAGGUGUAGCUUUCCCCCACAGACAUUAGUUGAGACUGAAUGUUGGGGGUGAACCGGUUUAUUGGAGGCCACACAUGGCCUUUUAUGCAACAUCCCCUGCAAGGGGUUUCAAACUCAACAUUACAAGGUAACUCCCCCCAUGGUUUCUCUGUACCUGUGAGAGAACAGCUUGACAGUAAACAUCUAAAUUAGAUUGUCUCUCAGGUACAGAACAUGUACAAUUUUUAUACCCCCAAAAUACACACAACACAAUCAGGUACCCCCUUAAUUCCUAUAUCGCCAGAUAGCAUAGAUCUGAGUGCCCAACAUAUCCAAAAAGUGGAAACAAAGUGGAUCCCACAAACGCAGCUGAAACGCCACCAAGGUAAAGUUCUGACCGACCACACAUGAGGCUCCUGCUCAGAAUAGAAGAUGAGUGGUUGGUCUCUGUCGGGGGUACAAAAUCACACAAAAUACCAAAUGUAUAUAUUAGCCCGUAUGUUGAUUAUGUGUUCCUUAUUCAGGUGUAUGCUCCCGCAGUGUUCCUUUCAGAUGAAUAUAACCGAAUACAGGUGGAGAUGGAAGUUCAGUGGUGUUCGGGCAGUCGAGUGUCUGAUUUAAGUUUAGGCUACGUACAGCACAAACACUGGUUGAUAUGCUGUAUAGAUAGAGGUGCAUCAGUGGGGAGUUGUCACUGCACCUGGCUCUCGGCUGCACGUGGUCGCACCCGAUUGGUCCAAUGACACAAACAGGUUAAACAAAUUACCUGUGCAGCAGCAAGUCGGGAGCUGACCCGCUGGAGCGUCCUUCCCCUCCACACACGGGAUCCAAGAUGGCGCCAACCGCAAGGACACAGCCAAUUGUAGCCCUGUCUCCAAAAAUCCUGCGAUAGUGCUUGUGACGUCACAACGUCGACACACGCAUGUUCUGGGGUAAGAGGCCAAGCUCUGACCAAUCACAGCCUAAGGAGGGAUAUAUAAACCCCUGAAUUUCUGUAGUUCAUUGCCAUGUCAUGGUUUCUGUUCCUGGUUUCAGAGAGUGCAUUUUCUUGUCCUUGUUAUUGAUAUUCCCAGUAUUCUGACCUUGGCUAUUCCUGACUAUUCUGAUCUCUGGUUUCCCUGACUUGGCUUUCUUACCGAUUACCAAUCUUGUGUAUUUCUGCCUUCCUUGACCUCAGCUUUCCCUUGACCAUUCUCUGUCUUUCAACGUAUUAACCCAGCUAGUCUAAGGACCAGUUUACGUCUAUUUUUUCUAUUCUAUGUAAUUCCUAUGUAAUUCUGUAAUUCUAUGUAAUUCCUGUUCCACCUUCAGAGACUGAACCCAUGCAGUUGGGGAUAGCCAAACUUACUGAAGAAGAAAGACAAUAUAGAACAAAUGAGGGCUUAUGUCUAUAUUGUGGCAAAAAUGGCCAUUUUAGGAUUUCAGGCCCUGUACAUCCAGAAAACCUGCACACUUAACAAACGUUUGGGGACCAACCUUAGGUGUGAUGUAUUUGUCCCCUAACUUGACUAAGAACUGUUUCCUGGUGAAACUUAAAAUACAGUGUAAUAACACUACUAUUCAGUGUAAGGCUAUGAUCGACUCUGGAGCAGCGGAAAAUUACAUUGAUAGGGAGUUCUCUGCUAAACAUCUCUUGCCAUUACGGCAGAGAGACUGGCCUAUCCAUUGAUGGAAGAUCUCUUUCUCAGCCUCUCAUCACCCAGGAGACCUUUCCUAUCACUGUUUUAAUAGGCAUCUUACACUCUGAAGAAAUGGUUUUCCAGGUUAUCUCAUUUCUGUCAUGUCCCAUAAUCCUCAGUUUCCCAUGGCUCCAGAAGCACAACCUUCACCUAGACUGGACCAAAGUGGGAUGGGGAGAAGACUGCAUGGGUCACUGUAAGAGCCUUAUGCCACAACAUCUGCUACUGCACCUCCCUUGUCAACAGAGAUUCCACCUCAGUAUCUGGAAGUAAAGGAGGUUGUGAUGAAAUCCACUUUGCACUGGUUUUUGGAGGGCCUGUUUGCCAGCCUCCUACCCUGGGACUAUGGGCCCUGUGAUAACCCAUCCUCAAAAGUACUGUUUAUGCCCCUUGGACUUUUAACUGGAACAGAUUGAAACAUGUGGCGGCGGCCAUCCUAAAUUGUACAGCGGUGUUUUGUAGUCGAGUGUAUGGAACUGUUUUGAGCAUGGGACCAUGUGCACGGUGGGGCAAAAAUAACUGUUUUGGGCAUGAAACACUGCGUGCGGUCGGUCAAAAAGAGACUUCCAGGAAAUUCCUGAACCACUUAACCGAUCUGGGUGAUUUUUGGAUAUGUUGUUCAUCCAGAUUGGGGCUAUCAGGGGAUGUGGGGAUAUGUUGUAUUUUGGGGUACUUUUUGGGGUUUUUAAAAAUGUAUGUUUUUUUCUGCUUAGAGUUAAUUGAGUUAGCCCAUUGUCUUUGUUUAUUGUGUCACAGGCAGAGGGGAGGGAUUGUGUGCUGUAAGUGGGAGUGUCAGACAUUGUUGUAUUGUUCUGAUUGGUUUGUGUCCUUUGUGUGCCUGUGUUCCAUCAGGUUGUGUGCCUCUGGCCUGAGGAAUUAUAUAUAAGCAAACCUAUACCAAUAAAUCCUCAAACUUGUUCUACCCUUCAUGAAGUUUCGGCUCAUGUUUGGGGGAUUGGAGAACUACCUACACUCUAGGGAUUGCUAUAAUCACUUUAUUCCUCAGAGUAUAAUCACUAAGCUCUUGUAAGAGCUUGUUCCUGUUCCUACUCUCUGGAUUAAGAGAGGUCUACCUACUGGAAGCUGGAUCCUGGUCUCGGGUCCAGAGUGGGUGGAAGACGGUGAGACCCCAACCAAGCUGCGGUGGUUAGUAGGGUCUGCAGUGGUUAUGGUGUCUAGUGGAGUUGAGUGCUUGGAGCCCUCGGGAAGCACUAGGAGCAUCCGUCAUUGAAGGUACCCAGUUGGGGUGCUGGGUGAUCCGUUACAGAGGUAUUCAAUAAAGUACAGUCAGAGACUUUACCACCUCAUCAGUCUUAUGACUGUUCUAUUGACCUUUUUCCCAGAACCAUGCUUCAUAAGGAGGGGUAUAUGCACAUUCUCUCCUCAAGAAACUAUCUGUUUAGAGGAAUACAUAAGAUACUCUCUGAGGAAAGGGCACAUACGGAGAUCUUCCUCUCAUGUUGGCGCUUGAUUUUUCUUCGUCUCUAAAAAAGAGGGAGACCUUCUCCCCUGCAUUGAUUACAGAGGUCUCAUCAAGGAUGUUUAGCCCAUUCUACUUAUUUCUUAACUAUUUGACAGACUCAAAGGUGUCAGAGUGUUCACCAAGCUCGACCUUAAGGAGCGCAUAUAACUUACUCAGAAUUAAGGAUAGGCAUCAGUGGAAGACUGCGUUCAAUAUCAGAAUGGGCCAUUAUGAGUAUUUGGUUAUGCCGUUUGGUUUGAAGUGCCAGUUUGAUCAAACCGAAGUACAGUUCCUUGGAUAUGUAGUCCCCUUCUGGUUUUGAGAUGAACCCACGCAAACUGGAUGCAGUGUUACAGCAGUAGCCGUUACCCAAGGAUCUUAAAGCUGUAAAAUGCUUUAUUGCAUUUGCUAAUUAUCGCAGGUUCAUCAGAGGCUUCUCAUCUGAAAUUUCUCCUAUCACCAAUACAUUCCAGGGGCCAUAGUCACAUGGCAGGAGGCUGUCAACCUGUCUUCUCCAAUGCCCAGUGGCGAGGUCGUUUUCGCCACAUAUAUAUAUAUAUAUAUAUAUAUAUAUAAAAAGAGAGAGAGAGAGAGAGCUUCACACAUCUCCCUUUUACAGCUUCACACCCCUCCCUAAUAGGGUCCUAUUUAAUCUUGCAUUGUUGAUAGUCUCAGGUAGAAUAAUUUCCUAAAUCAGUGGGUUAGUCUCAUAAGAUCAUCAGAUCAUUCAGCAUUGGGGUAGAGGGGGUCUGUAGAGGUCUGUAGUAGGGGGCUUAGGUGCUAAGGGGCUGUAGUUGGGAGUUAGGGGCUGUAGUGGGGAGUUAGGGGCUGUAGUAGGCAGUAAGAGGCUGUAAUGGGUGUUGGAGGCCUAAGUUAAGGGCUGCUGUUGGGAGGAUAAAGGCAGAAGAAAAAAGACAUACUUUAUUAUUAUUAUUAUUUAACAUAGUUUAUUCCCCCCCUCCUUGAGAAGUACCUUAAGCCAAUUAGGGGGAGAAUUCUAAUCCCUGGAGGUCCCAGGCUCCAGGGAUUAGUGAUGGGCGAAGCCUAAUGAAAGGUGCAUAGCCUAGUGGUGCACUCCUGUCAUGACUAAUAAUGUGAUCCAACAUGCGAUACUAUGUAACAUUACAUAGAAUAGGAAAAAUAGACAGAAUGUAAACUGGUCCUUACAAUGGUUGGUUUACUAUGUUAAAAGACAGAGAAUGGUCAAGGGAAAGCUGAGGUCAAGAAAGUCAGAAAUACACAAGAUUGGUAAGAAAGCGAAGUCAGGGAAACCAGAGAUCAGAAUAGUUAGGAAUAGCCAAAGUCAGAAUACCGGGAAUAUCAAUAACAAGGACAAGAAAACGCACUCUCGGAUACCAGGAACAGAAACCACGACAGGGCAAUGAACUAGGGAAAUUGAGGGGUUUAAAUAUCCAUCCUUCGGCUUUGAUUGGUCAGGGCUUGACCUCUGACCCAAGAAAGUGCAUGUUUUUGGAGGCGGAGCUACAAAUGGCUGCAACCUCAAGGUCAGCGCCAUCUUGGAACUCUUGGAAACCGGUUGUGGAAUGACCGGACAUUACGAGGAGCGUGGACUCUAUCAGCAGCGACCCAAGAACGUUCCUCAGAUCCAUACCCUUUCCAAUCCACCAAAUAAGACAGCACACCCCUAGACACCAUGGAAUCCCGUAUGGAACGGUCCUCUAAUUCCUCCCGGCCUUCAACUACCGGAGGAGGAGGAGGUACGAACUGUUUGGUGUAUCAGUUGCAAGUAAGCAGUUUCAAUAAAGACACAUGGAAUGAGUUCCAUAUCCGCAAAUGUGCAAGAAGGGUGAGAGAAUAUGUCACAGGAUUAAUGCGUCUAAGGACUUGGAAAGGACCUAUAAAACGAGAUGUCAGUUUCAUGGAAGGUACUUUCAAUUUGAUAUUAUUAUUAUUAUGAUAUUUGUAGAGCGCCGUCAAAUUCCGCAGCGCUUUACAAUGGGUAGACGAACAGACGUAUUUAUAACCAGACAAGUUGGACACACAGGAACAGAGGGGUUGAGGGCCCUGCUCAAUGAGCUUACAUGCUAGAGGAUAUGAUGUGUGGAAAGCCAGACCUUUUCCCCAACUUGAUAGACAGGAUUGGCAUCACGCCACUUGUCUGUCUGAAUUUUAGUAUGUCUGGAGGCCGACUGUAACGCUUAGGAUGUCUAAAGCAGGAAUGUCAGUGUCUGAAAAAUCAGAAGGUAAUAUAGUGGGGUGAUAACCAUUAUUUACAUAAAAAGGACUGAGAGCAGAGGACUCAUGGGUUGCAUUGUUUCUAGCAAAUUCAGCCAUGGGCAGGAAUUCUGACCAGUUAGUAUGAUUGGCAUCAAUAAUGCAAUGUAAAUAAAACUCCAGGGCUUGAUUGGCUCACUCCGCCAUCCCAUUGGUCUGAGGGUGAUACAAAGAUGAAAAAUAAAGUUCUUUGCCCAACUGUUUGCAGAAAGCACGCAAAAAUCUGGAAAUAAAUUGGGUAGCUCUGUCAAAGACUAUGUUUUUUGGUGUUCCAUGUAGCCUAAAAAUUUCACAUAAGACUACUUGGACAAGAUCCUGGGAUGAUGGCAGUUUUUUGAGAGGUAUUAAAUGUGCCAUCUUGGAGAAACAGUCAACUACCAUAAGGAUAGUGUUAUGCCCAUUAGAAUUCAGGAGAUCAACAAUGAAAUCCAUGGCCAGGUUGGUCCACAGAGCGUCUGGUAUUGGAAGUGGCUGUAACAACCCAGGAGGUGAUUUUUGGGGCACUUUUGACACCACCCAAUUCUACAUGCUCCCACAUAAUCCUUGACAUCACCUCUAAGUGACAGCCACCAAAACCUUCUAGUAAUGGCAGAGAGGGUUUUGUGUAUACCAGAAUGUCCAGGUGUCAGGUUAUCAUGGUAUAACUUAAGUAUCUCAGUUCUCUGUGAUGGUGAGACAAACAGUUUAUUAGAUGGAUUCUCUGCUGGUGCCUUAGUUUUAUCUGUUAUUAUGGCACAAAGGAGCGGAGAAGACAACUCUGAACUGUUGUAGCUAUAAGACACUCAGGGGGUAUGAUAGGAGAUGUUUUUUGGUCAGGAAGCUCCUCAGUAUCAUAAUGUCUAGACAGAGCAUCAGCCGUAUUAUUCUUAGUGCAUGGUCAGUAAGUAAUAACAAAAUUAAAAUGUGAAAGAAAAAGUGACCAUCUAACCUGUCUGGAAGACAAUCUCUUAGCAUCUCCAAUGUAAGCCAGAUUCUUAUGAUCUGUGAAAAUCAAAAGUGGCUCUUUGGAACCUUCUAAGAAAUGCCUCCAUUCUCGAAGAGCUAGAGUAAUGGACAAUAAUUCCCUGUUUCCGAUGUCGUAGUUUCUCUCAGCAGGUAAUAGAUUUUUUUUUAAGAAAAUCCCACAGGGAUGCAAAGUACAAAGGUUUAUCUGGGUUUUCUUGUUGAGACAGAAUGGCUCCUACACCUGUCUCGGAUGCAUCAACCUCUAAAAUAAACAGUUUGGCAGGAUUUGGAUGUGCUAAAACAGGUGCUGAGACAAAUAAAGAUUUCAGUUUUUCAAAUGCCUCUAUUGCUUCCUUUGGCCAUGAAUUACUGUUAGCUCCUUUUCGGGUAAGGUUGGUGAUAGGAGAAAUUUCAGAUGAGAAGCCUCUGAUGAACCUGCGAUAAUUAGCAAAUGCAAUAAAGCGUUUUACAGCUUUAAGACCCUUGGGUAACGGCCACUGCUGUAACACUGCAUCGAGUUUGCGUGGGUUCAUCUCAAAACCAGAAGGGGACUACAUAUCCAAGGAACUGUACUUCGGUUGAUCAAACUGGCACUUCUCUAACUUACAGUAAUGGCCAUUUUUUAGCAGGGUUUGUAGCACGUUUUUCACAUGUUUGUGAUGGGUACGAUGGUCUGGAGAAUAGAUGAGAAUGUCAUCCAGGUACACCAACACGAACAUAUGGAGGUAUUCUCUUAGGACAUUUCUUGAUCAGGUCUUGAAAUAUCGCUGGAGCAUUGUACAAACCAACAAACACCCAUUACAGCCUCUUACUGCCUACUACAGCCCCUAACUCCCCACUACAGCCCCUAACUCCCAACUACAGCCCCUUAGCACCUAAGCCCCCUACUACAGACCUCUACAGACCCCCUCUACCCCAAUGCUGAAUGAGACUAACCCACUGAUUUAGGAAAUUAUUCUACCUGAGACUAUUAACAAUGCAAGAUUAAAUAGGGCCCUAUUAGGACGGGGUGUGGAGCUGUAAAAGGGAGGGGUGUGAAGCUCUCUCUCUCUCUCUCUUUUUAUAUAUAUAUAUAUAUAUAUAUAUAUGGCGAAAACGACCUCGCCACUUGGCAUUGGAGAAGACAGGUUGACAGCCUCCUGCCAUGUGACUAUGGCCCCUGGAAUGUAUUGCCCUUUAAAGAGAUGAUUUGGGCAUAUUGGAUGUGUAUGGUGCUGCUGGCCCUUUAAGAACCAUUUUGGGGCAUGGUGAAAAUUUGCGACAAUGCCCCUUUAAAUCUGUGUCCCCAGACCUAUUUGGGACAAGGCCCCUUCAAAACGGUGUUCCCAGUGUCCCCAGACUUGUUUGGGACACUGCCCCUUUAAGAUGGUGUCCCCAAUGUCCCCAGACUUUGGAAAUAACUUUUAAAUGGCUUUUUCCCUUAUGGUUCGGUAAUUGGGGCUUACCGAGCCAUUCACUGCACAGGCGGACCACCCAGAGCUGGAAGUGUGCAGGCAAUUUACCUCCCAGGCUGGGAGCCUGCUGUAGGUAAAUUGCCAAACGCUGGGGAGGCGCCGUUCGCGCAAACGAAUACGUGGCGGCGGCCAUCUUUUUUUAUUCAAUGCGGUCAGUGGUGUGUGUAGCCAAAUUCAUGGAACGGAAAUCGGCUACACGGUUCUGCGAACACUGCUGAGCCUUACCUUCUCUCACAAUGAUUUUGCAGCCGCAGAGACCAUUCAGCUAUGGGACUUAGUCGUUUUUUCAGCCUGAAAUAGACCGAACGCACAGCCAAAAUCUAUGGAACUGUUUUGGGCAUGAAAAUAUGCUUGCGGUCGGUCAAAAAGGGACCUCCAGCUAACUUUUUAACCCCUGGAUGUAAUUGGCUGUUUAUAAUUAAAGUGUGCUGAGUUCGAAUAUGUAAUUUUUACGUUUGUGGCAUGUAUAUUUUUGAAGUUAUUAAUAUUUUGUAAAAACUGUAUUCUCUGCCUGUGAUAUUUAUUUUAACCAUUGUGUUCAGUAAUCAUAUCACAGGCAGAGGGGAGGAUUUUGGGUGAGAGUGUCUGUGUGUAUUGUAUGGAUUGAUUGGUUGUAUUUCAAAACCCUGUGGGUGGUACUAUGUUUGUGGAUUGAAUAAUAAAAGAGGCUGUAUGUGCCAGCACAGUCAGUUCUACUUCAUCCUCAAUUUGGAGUGCCGUCUCUUAUUGGGGGAAUCUGCUACAAGGGAUUGCUAUGCUUGUCAUACUCCAUUGCUAAAUCACUACUAAGCUCUUGUAAGAGCUUGUUCCUGCCUUGCUCUCUGGAGGAGACUAUGGUUUUUAUGGUGCCUGCUGCAGUGUUUGGAGACCUCAGGAAGCGCUAGGAGCAUCCUUCAACUGAGGUUCCCAGUUGGGGUGCCAGAUGAUCCGUUACAAUAUAUACAGUACACUUCUAGGCAAAUUUUUCAGCCAUUGUCUCACAGAUAAAGGGGGAAAAAAGUUAACAUUUGAAGGAAAAGUAGAGCAGUAAAAAAGAUCUAUUUUAUAUAUUUAUUUAUUAAAUAUAAAAUAUAUAAAUAAAUAUAGAUUAUUUUUACUGCCCCUCCUAUUUUUCUCUAUUAAUUACUGUCAGGAGUGGCGGUCCGCUGACCGGGACCCAGUAUGCCUGAUCUUGAUAUUAGGAGUCACUGUGUGGAAAUGGAUGUUCAGGACCUGGUGGAGGGUAACCACAUGCCCCCUGGUGUUGAGCACCAGCGUUUGUGCGGCCACAUAACAGGACCCUGAUGCAGAAGCAGACCUCCCAGGAACUGGAUAGGGAGGCUCUGCAGCAGAUAUGUAUCUAGUACAGAAACAAGGAAAUAGGCACUAAGCAAGAAAACAAGACAAAACUAGGAGAACCCAGAACCAGAGCAGGACAGAAAGCAGAAUCUAGAACAUGUAUCCAAGACAUGAGGAAAACAAGAACAGGGCAGGACAGGACUGUACAUGAUCUGGGAAUACAAGACAAAAUAAAACAAGAGUUACUAGGCAAGAUGAGAGGAGACUUAACUAAGCACUAUGUAUGUAAAACAUUGGAGAUGUAGACAUACAUAAAUGGCCAAGAUGUAUGCGGCCCACCAACAGCGUCAAAGUCCUCCAAUUAAGGUGGGAAACUUACUGCCUAGAUUUGCAUGACUAAAUAAACAACUAUAAAACACACACAGCACUUACCUGUAAGUAAAAGCAGAUAACUUGUAGCAAUCGCCUGCAGGAACCAACUGAAAAAAAGGAUUAAUGGAAAAGGAAAGGGUGUGGCAACAUAAAACAAACUUUUAAAGGAAUCCAAGAGACUGUGAAUUCCAGGAACGGAAUAUAGGAAUGAACAGAGAAAACCCAGAAUAAAGAAAACCAGACACAGACUAGAAAACCAGAAAAACCAAGAACAACUAAACAAGAAUUAGAAAAAGAGUACUGGAUACCAGAAGCCAUUGCCAGAAAUGAUUCACAGCCAGGAACAGGAUGUGACAAUCACUUGUAAUGUAAAGUAACUGUAACGAAGCUCCUUGUACCCCUGGCUGGUGAGUUCGGUACAGAGCAUCACUCUCCAUUCUGUCUCUUUUUCUGUUGAGUAAUCCAAACUGUGCAGCACCUCCUGUAACUGCUGCUGAAGCUGGGUGUCGAUGCCGGAUACUGCCCAACGGUACUUGCCUUCCAUCUCUCCCAGUAACCAGACACAUAGUUCUGGGAGUACAAGCUGGAAUGUUUUAAUCUGGCCAGAUGGCCUGCUUUUACACAAUUUCAGGCACAGGAAAGCGUGCCCCUGACACUCCCACACAAACAGGAUAAUCCCUCUCCUGGUCCUGAGAGGGGACUAGUUACAAGUUACAGAAUCCUUCUCUGUACCUGAGAGCUAAUUGUCUGAGCACAUAAACAUAUAAUUGAAUUAUCUCUCAGUACAGAACCAGGCAAUAUAACAAAACCCUCAAAAUACACCCAAAACACAUAAAAUCCCACAAAAGUUACAUCCCCUGAUAGCUCCGAUCUGGGUGACCAACAUAGAUUGUACUCUAUUUCCAUUUCAUCAUAAAUACCCCAAUAAGAUAUGUAAAACAGCCAAUGACAGCAUUCAAUAUUCUCCAUAGUUUCAAUAAAGGUUUUCUACUGUAUCUCUAUUUGCAGGUUAAUAAAUAUUUAAGAAAAGUUCAUUUUAUAAACACGGCGGGGGAAGAUAUUUAUUUUGAUGAAAAUGGAGAUUUCAAUUCUCAGUUUGAUAUUUUCAACUGGAUUGUAAACCCAGACCAAUCUAUUGAUACCAUUAAAGUUGGACAAUAUCAUCAACAAUCUCUCCAAGACUUAACAAUAAAUAAAAAAAUGAUAACAUGGAAUCCAGCAUUUCAACAGGUGACUGCAACACUUUAUCAAUAA